CACCCAGUUGCAGGCGGUGAUGCUUGUAUGCUGGCUUGUGGGGAAGGAGGAAUGCAGUCAGCGAAUGAAGCUGCCACACCUGGAAGCAGUGAUAAUUGGACGUGGCCCAGAGACUGGGAUAACUGAUAAGAAGUGUUCACGGCAGCAAGUUCAGUUAAAAGCAGACUGCAACAAGGGAUAUGUUACAGUUAAGCAGAUAGGAGUCAACCCAACUAGUGUUGACCUUGUGAAUAUUGGCAAAGAUGAAGAGGUGAAAAUGAAGCCAGGCCAAGUGCUGUAUGUUGUGAAUAAACUUUACCCCUUCAUGGUGGAAUUUGCUGAAGAGUCAGGGAAAACUGUUGCAGAAGCAGAAAAGAAAAUACAAACCAACAAGAUGCUGCAUGAAGACUCCUGUGAGGAUGAUGAUGUUGAGCUUGUGCCCAGAAAGAGAAUAAAGAUGGAGGUGGUGGAUACAAAAGGCAGCUCUGCAAAUCCCAACCUAAGCAAGACCAUUGUGUCUUCACCUUCCAGCAAAAAGGAACAUUUAGAACAUUGGAGUCAAGGACUGAAGAGCUCCAUGCAAGAUCCAGAAAUGCAGGUUUACAGAGAUGAAGAGACUGUGGUCAUCAAGGAUAAAUAUCCCAAAGCAUGUUACCACUGGCUUGUCUUACCGUGGAAGCCCAUUCCAAGCCUGAAGUCACUUACCAGGGACCAUCUUGAAUUGCUGGAACAUAUGCAUGCAGUUGGGCAAAGAAUGAUCGAGCAGUGCCCUGCCAGACAGAGUCUAGAGUUCAGACUGGGUUACCAUGCUAUCCCCAGUAUGAGUCAGCUACAUUUGCAUGUCAUCAGCCAGGAUUUCAAUUCUCCAGCUCUGAAGACCAAAAAGCACUGGAACUCUUUUACUACAGACUACUUCUUGAACUCUGAAGAUGUGAUAGAGAUGGUCAGAAGCAAGGGAAAAGUGCUGGUGAGAGAUCACAUCGCUGAAUGUCUCAAGUUGCCCCUCAGGUGUCAUCACUGCAAAAAACAGCUCUCUACUAUGCCACAGCUAAAGGCACACCUCAUGAAGCACACGCCAAAAUGACUUUGCAAACAAUAAACAAACCACCUCACAACCUGCCUGCAGACUUCAGGCUGAAACAACCAGCCUGGACUGUUAGUGGAUGUGUGUGGGGUUUGUUCACUGGAAUGGCUAAGGUGGGGAAAAACAGCCUGGAUGCAGCAAGUACUUUUGAUACUUUGUAAUAGUUUAAACUACAACAUGAA